AUGCUCUACCUUCCGCCUGAACACACUCCUUCUGCCCUAAUACUUCCAACUUGCAUUCGAGCUACUGCGCAUCACAUCGCCCAGCAUGUCACUACUCGAGGGAUCUUUCGUAUACCGGGGUCAAUCAGAGUAGUCAACAUGCUAUUCGAUUACUACUGCUGUACCGACAAUAUCGACAUCACAAACACUGUACGAUGCGCAAACCUGCCGAUGCAUGUGCAGGCUUCUGUCCACGAUGUGGCGUCGACAUUCAAGCGCCUUCUUUCGGUAAUACCUGGCGGUAUACUUGGUUCUUUGGCGCUGUUUGACGCUCUCGUCGCAAUCCAUUCGCAGCUACAGGGUGAUCCAGAGUUCCCUCGCACCAAACAGACCAAGGUGCGAGCCAGACUCAUCGCCUUGGCCAUCGCAACGGUACAAUCUCAAUUUCGGAGGGAACUCAUAUGCGCUGUCUUUGGACUUUUGAGUUUAAUUGGAAGAGUGGCAGAAAUCACCCCCAGAGAAGAUGAAGAAGGUCGACCACUACCCACGGGAGACCUCAUGGGCUACAAUGCACUCGGUAUCGUUUUUGGACCUCUUCUCGUAGGCGACUUACUUGGACUCUAUUGUACGAAGUUGGCCGCCCCAAAGGCAGGGUUGCUGGUGCUCCCGUUGAGAUCUCCAAGAUCACGACAAGAUCGGAAUGGAAGAAAGACACUCGGCAAUGAGCUUGGGGCACCUCCAACAAUGGACAAAAUUCUCAUCGCCAACACCAUCGCAGAAAUGCUUAUAGUCAAUUGGAGAGACGUGGUCCGACAAAUGAAAUCGCUCGGCAUGAACCGACCUCACCCACGAUCAACGAGUCAGGACGAUACCAACGAGAAUGGUUUUGUUAUCAGGAAACCACAAGGUUGGGAUCAGGAAUGGCGAGGAAACGAGGCGGGAGAUCAGACUCCACGAGAAAACAGCCCGGAGCCGCCUACACCUACCCUGGGCAUAUCUAAACAGCGGUCGCGCAGCCGUGGGAGUUCAGCCUCAAAAAGACUUGCAGCCAGACCCAACAUUGGUUGCUUAAGCCCAACUGUGGAGGAGAGUGUUCACGACGAGGAUAAGACCCAAAGACCAUCACAAGCAGGGGAGGGCAGGAGUUUUGUUCAAACGCCGCAGAAUUUGCAGAUGCCGACAAGCGCAGUUCACUUGAAAGACAGCAAGGAUGCGACACAGGACACACCACAGAGCGAGAGUAUACACAUCGCUCCAACACCCACCCCGCCUACAAGGGCCAGAGGACUGAUCAGUCGAGAUGGUCCCCAUCUGUCUCAAGAUGAUGUGCCACCUCGGACGUCCUCAAAAAGAGGAACAAAAACAACCCCUAUCCAACAAACCAGUACCGAGGAACCUUCGAGCCAGGACACUUCGAGAGUCUCAGCAACGGAGACCCCUUCAAUUGAACGAAAGGGCGCCAUAAGGAAGAAAUAUCCUGGAAAGGCAAAAGCCCUAAAGCCAAGUCGACAGCCGCUUGCUGUUGAGUGGACUAAACCUGCCAGGUCAUCAGAUACGUGCAUGGAGGGGCCUGGUUCAACUCAUCUGCCGUUUUAUUCUGAGAAGGACGCCAUUGAAGCUGCACUAAAAGCGCAUUUCGAGGAACUCAGAGAAUUGGAUUCGAUGGACCAACGCAAGAGUUCAGCCUCUACAAAUAUUGAUCAGACUUUGCAGAUGUCGAAUUAUACCAACACUCCAAAGGGUUUACACUUCCCAAUCGAUAGGCUAGAAGAGGGCAGCGAGUACACUGUCCACGGGGACAAAACACGAACACAGGCUUUGCAAGAAGCCAACUCUGCCUCGACAACACCAAGACAAUUUUAUUCGCCAAUGCAGGGGGAGCUACCCAGCAAUGGAUCACGGGGUCUUGAAUACGAAGAGACGCAAAAGCAAGCUAAGGGCAUUGGCACUGAAACUCCUGAACGACGACAUUCUCGAAUUGUGUCGUUGCCUGCCGAAACGCCAAAGAAUGAGAAGCAGCGCACUGCAUCCUCUCCCUGGUUCUCUGUCCCAAAAAGAAAAUCGACGGUAUUGACACGUCCAACCUUGACACCAGCAGACAAUCCAGGAGGCGUCAGAGCCAUGGCUGCCAAGUUUGAAACCGAUCAUUCAACCGAGACAUCUCCAUCAAAACCCAGGAGUGCGAGCAAAACUCAAGAUCUCAUAUUACAAUUUUCACAAGAGUCACCCACCAAGAGUAUCCGUUCCACAAGAUCUGUUUCAACUUUGGGACACAACCGGAAUGUUUCAAUUUCAAGCCAGGACCGGCGUCCCCGGCCACCAGCAAUAAAUACUGUUAGAGAUGAGGCUCUUGACCAGAAUUUGCGAGUCUCAAUCAGGGAGGAGGCUGCAAUGAGGGCAGUCGAGCUUCAACAAGCUGACAAGGGGCAAAGGUCAAGCUCCCACGAGCAACCGGAAAUGUUAGCUCAACGACAAACAAUCCCUAGGAGGAAGCCAGUCCCAGGCUCCAGGGGUAAAGAGGCAUCAUUAGAGAAUCCACGAAGCCUGGGAACCAUGAUGCCUCAUCCUGAACAGCCUCCUAUCGCCCAACACCUUAACCUUAUCAGACCAGCAUCAUCAGCAUCGAUUACGCAGUACGGGGCGGAUCAGACAGUUCCUCACAAGAUUUCAACUCCUUUUCAACGUCCCGGCAGUACAACUACACUCCAUGCACAGAUUCGAAGUCUCCAACGACAACUAGACCUAAAAACAGAAGAAGCUGUUCAUUUGCGAAGGCAGCUUGAGGUGCAAGGAGAUGCAGAUGUUGGAACAUUGAGUCAGCAACUACGAGAGGCCAAAAGGGAGGCACAGACGUGGAAGGAAAGAGCCAAGAGUGCAGAACGAAGAAUCAAAGUGUUUGAACGAUUCACAGCACGACUCAAAGGGAUACGAGAGGCUGUAGGAGUACACACGAGAAAUGUCGACCCAGACCUCGCAGCCAAGUACUUGGAAGAGGCUGCGAAUGAACAAAAAGAAAACACAUUCUUGGAGAAGGCAAUGGGUUACGAGAGCGACAGUUCAGGGAGAACAGAAGAUGCUGGUGUGGUUCAAGCUCGGAUACGCCGUUGUCUCCAUGGCUUGACCGAUGGUCCUCCAGACAAACCAUCCUUUGGACUCGACGAAAUCAAGAAUAUGGGCCCUGAAAGACCCAAGCGGGAUAUCAGCCCGAGCACAGUCGAGGUCUGGAUGGCGGCACAGGAGUUGCUACAGCUCGAUGAGGCUCAGGGGCAAAGAGAAGACGAAUGA